AAGACGAAUAGGUUGUUGAGGCUGGGUUGGUCAAAUACUUAUUUUUUUAGACAUAAACCAGUACACAUUCAUAUCUUAUGGAAAAUCAUUUCGUUCAGAUCCAGGUAGUUCAUUUAUUUAAUUUGUGUAUAUAUAAGUGCGGUUAUCUGUUUUCUUUUUCUACGAAACAAACUUGUUGGAAUACUUUGGGAUGAGAGUUCUAUGUAGUACUACACAUUUAUUAUUGAAUAAACGCAUGAAUAAUAGUGAUAUUGUGUACUUAGACCAACGGUCUUGGCGUCUAAACAUAUUUUUGGAAAUUACCAAGGCAGUUCCAAAUUUUCUGCUUGAUAGUGUUUUGCAGCGAAUUCGAAAUGUGAACACUGCGGAAGGUUAUAUUUUCCAGUACACAUAGAGGAGAUGAGAUUACCAUAUGUAUGGGAAUCGAAUUGCUAGUUGGUGACAGUAAACAAUGACUUAAGCAUGAUUGCGCGCUCUCUAGUGCGGGAGUCACUGGGAUGUUUCAUGUGUCAUGAUGAUUUUGUUGACAUUUUAUUACUAAGAGAUCGAUACUACGUGGCAUUAUAUAUUGCACAUCGUCAGCCAAUAUUUUUGAAGAAAAUUGAAUUUCGCAAUUAAACAAACCGCGAGGAUUACAAAAUUUUCGGCAGUCACCAAACCUAACAUAUGUAAUGGGUUAUGCUACCUCCUAGAGAAAAUUAAAGUUCAUUUACCUCAUCUAUGUUCCAUAUAAUAUACCUAGGUUCCUGCCUGGAAGUAUUGGUGAUUUAAUGCUUCUAGAUGCGGAAGCUCAUCAAGCGAAAGCUCCUUCUAUUCCGUCCAAAACUAUUUGCAUGAGACAAUCUAUUCAUCUUUUAUGGGCAUUUCGGUUCCGCAUAAAGACAUUGUGUUACAAAAAUAAGAGGUUCGUUACAGGGUGACGAUAAGAUACUGAGCACCGUAAAGUAGCGUGAUAACUUCUGUGGUGAAGAAAUUUAAAAUCUCGAGGUCAUCUCUGGCCCAUCGUAUCCGUGUUUUUGAUUGAAUCUCCCUUUCAAUUCCAAGGGUUUUCUGACUUCAUCUAACAUCCCAUUCUAUUUUAGCAAAAAUGAGAGGCAAACGUAUGCACAAAGGUAGAACCCGAAAGUUUACUGCCCCGGAAGAAAUUGAUCGUCAACUUGGAUUAUCUAAAGAAGCUGAAUCAUCUCUCAAUAAAACAAUUCAUGACAAGAAUAUUGACGAUACUGAAACGGAUGAUGAUGAUGAGGAGGAGGAGGAGGAUGAAGAUGAUGACGAUGAGCAAGACACAACUGAACGUCAUAAGGGUGUUAGUCAUUUGAUUGAAGUUUGCAAUCCUAAUCAUGUAAAAUCUUCCAAAACAGUUGUUCCUUCACGAAAAGAAGUUGCCGCAUCUAUUAAAGCUACAACUGAUCCAAUAAAAUUAUUAUCGGAAACUGAAUUAGCAGCUAACAUAGCACGUCUUCAAUUAGUUAGGAAAGAACGUGAAUUAGCAGCUCAAAAACUUGAACAAGAAAAACAAGCCCGUGAAGCACAGCGUGCAGCAAUCGCUGCAGCCAAACGUACAUCUCAGACAAAACCACAACAGAAAAGUGGUCGUAGUGGUAAACAACAUACUAAAAGUAACAAAGAACAUCAAAUAGUCAAUCAAAGAAACAAUACAAACUCAUCAGUACUCACCGAUGAUAACUGAUCGAUUAAUUGGUUGGUCAAUGAUUAUAUUAUCCCUAAGUCUAUGCUUGUCUGAUGACUCACAUAUAAAGAUGAGGAAUAACAACUAUGUUGCAAAGUUGCCAUAUAUAUAUAUAUAUAUAAUACUCAAGCAAAUCCAACUAUCUUUAUUCUUUUCGAUACAUGCCAUAAAACUGUUUUAGAUUACGUUCUCUGUUAUUUGACUUUCUGUAUUAAUAACAUGAAAAGUUAAUUCAUAAAUUGUAUUCUUUUUUAGCCAACGUGUUCUCUUUUAUACAUUUUAAUAACUAUAUAAAACAUUUAUAUAUAUACAGCUGUAUUCUUGUAUGGUUGUAUUAAGCUUGAUAAUACCUUCAAUCAGCUUUUAGAGCAAAUGCUUGUUUGUGUGUAUAGUGCAAUCACUAAGUAAAGAAUUUCAAGAUUUAACACAGUAUAGCGAAUACAAAACGAUAAGUGGUUUCUCAUGAAAUUAUGAAUGGUUGGGACGUGCCACAUGUAUUUCAAUCCAUAGCCUACCUUAGUAUGCUAUGCUGGCAAGUGUAGAAUUAGCUUAGAGACGAUCAGAAAUAUUUAAAUGAAGAAUGGAUCAGUCUAUGAAUUUACUGACUGCUUUUGUCUCAUUUGUGUUGGGCGGUUCAAAGAUCCUAACGAGGAUGCGUGAGACAAAAAAGAUCUUGGACUUGGAUCUCCCAGUAGUGAAAGAAUGCUCUAUUUCAUUAGGCAAGAAGUGUAUUAUCUUUAGAACUGAUUUUUAUUAUCUCUCUUUGUCUAUCUUUCCUAACACCACAUUCUAGUGAUACAAAUCUUUGGUUUCAAACUGUGACAGCUUUUUCUCUUAGUUUUACCACACCCCCAAUUGACCUACUUGGUUAUCGUAAGAACUCAAUAAUUAAGCGUCUCAAAUGGACUAAAUCAUCGCAUUACAUUGAAAUCUGACCAUCAUGUGCAUUAACAGAUUCUGUCAAGUCAGUUAAUCUUAGUCAUAGUCGUGAAUAUACUUGUUGUAAGGACGACAUUCGGCGGCCUUUGCUCCAUUAGGAUUAGCAGGCGUAAGUAACUAAGGACGACAUUCCCUGGUUUUUCUUUGCAUUAAAUAAAGCUUGAGUUAUUCACAUGUAAAUGUUAGUUCAAUUAGAAAUUGCGUGGUUAGAAAAUUUAACCAGCAAGCUGAAUUAUAACAAACAUUAAUAUCCUUAAGACCUACAGGACGUGUUCAAUUGUAGUGAUUGUUUCUCAAAUAAAACCUUAGUGACAUAUUUGAGGGACGUAUAUUCGUCUGUAUUUAUAGUACGUCAUAAUCUUGUAUUUAACGCGUAUAAUCACAUGAAUUGUAAGUUUGAAGAAUACAAAAUAGUGAGUUGUUUGUCCGAUCUUCCUGGCGUUCUGAUUGAUAGUUUGAUGAUUAAAAUUGCAGUAUCGCGUGGACUAUCCAACCGCUUUAGCACAUACAUUAACGGCGUUAACUGGGACAUAGUAUAGAAAAACAACAAACCCUAUUCCAUAUACUACCAAUUGAAGAUAGUCUCGUUUAAAUUGGUGUAAGUUAUAAUCCUGGUCCCAGUAAACUUUUUAGGACCGUACCCAAUACAUUUUAUUUGAAGAAUCCAACUUUCUUGUUGUUAGUACAAAACAGAGCAUUGCGGAACACCCUUACUAAUAUCCACAGCGGAAAGAGACUGGCUGAUGAAUAUUUCCAAGUGUUCUCUUUUAACAACAUAAACCCAUAGAACACACAGCUCUAAUUCAAAGAAAAUAAAUCUUGAAUAAACACAUGUGAUUUUCACCGGAGAAAACCUAGUUGGAUAAAUUAGAUGCAUCGUAGUGUCACUUACUAUGUUAAGCCCAUAUACCUUAUUCCAGCUUCUGGACACGCCAGUUUAUCCGUUAUUAUUGAGUCACAUUUUGACCUUGUUAAUUAUUCAACUUACCAACCCCAACUGUCUUUAUAUGAGCGUAUGUGUGUAUACACUUAUCCUAUUCACCACAUGUCUGUAACCUAUUUUUACCUGGCUAUGAAUAUUGAUUAACACGUGAUUAAAUAGAGUUGGUUCACAUGACAUCUCCACUACACGUCAUUUCACGUCACUCCUCUCUUGAUUUCAUCUCCUUGAUUGCCUGUUCAAAUCACUGAGUGUAUAAAAUAAACAUAAUCAAAAGCCAUUGUUCGCAUUAGGCUUAUUUAAUUCCGUUAUAUUCACUAACGCGAAUUAGGUCGAUAAUAAUAUACGAGAAAAGUCAGUCAGCUACAACGUAGGACCAGGCAGAUAUAUGCAUCGGUCCAAGGUGCCAUACCUCAUUAACACAAGGUGAACACCAGGUUCAUAAAAUUAGUUAUUUCAGAGGUGGUAAUAUAUAAAAGAAAGAUUGCAAUAAGGAUAUAGUACAAGAGGAAAGAAUUAGUUCGUAGAAAGAAAGAUAUGAAGCGAUUUUAAUCUCUUAGUUUGAGGGAAGACAGAGAGUGCAUACAUCUAUGUCAUUGUGAUCGAUUCUGGAAAACAUCACUCAGAGUCUCUAACCAUUGGUUACGAUAGUCACGCGGACCCCGACCAAGUAGUCUGCACCUACCAACAUGGCUCAGACUAGAAGUUAGUGAUUCCAAGCACUGAUGCUAGGUUUUGGUUUGGCCUCCUCUAACUCUUCCAACCAUCUUCAACGCUAGUCAGCAUUGCGCGUCGUCGUAAUUAGUGUUCAGUUAUACGUAACACGUGGUCCAACCAUCUCAGUCGACGAAGAUUCACAACCUUAUCAACUGGUCUACCAUCAUUUCCUAAUACCCUGCAUCCCAGCAGAUGCCAGCAAUAUCCGAGGCAUCUGUUUCUAAAUAGUAGUAGCUUACGAGUGUCUCCUACUCUUAAUGGUCAUGCUUCGCUGCCGUAAAGUAGAACAGAACGAACUGCCGCGCAGUAUAUUCGUCCCUUAAUUGAUAAACGGAUAUCUCGCCUUCGCCAUAAGUGACGUAAGUUGGCAAAAGCCAAACGAGAUUUUCGAAUCCAUGCUGAGAUUUCGUCAGACACAAACCCAUUAGGGCUGAUCAGACUUCCGAGAUAAGUGGAGUUGUCAACGCGUUCAACCACUUCAUUUCCUAUCCUUAGUUCAGGUGUUAAUGCAGGCCAGUCUUGAAGUAACAACUUAUAUUUAGAGGGAGAGAAGCGCAUUCCAAACAUUCUGGCAUUGUUGCUUAGUGCUACCAGAAGACUCUGCAUUUUAUCAGCGUCUUCACCAAACAGGACUAUAUCAUCUGCGUAUUCUAAGUCGAUAAGUGGACCACCUGGAAGGAGAUCAAUACCCGAGAAUUCAGUAGACGAGAAUGUUAAUUCCAUCAGUGGGUCUAUGAAGAAGGUAAACAAAAAUGGAGAAAGUGGACAGCCUUGACGGACACCACUUGAGGUUGUAAAAGCAGACGACAGUUCGCCAUAAGCUCUGACUCGACUAGUAGUGUUCGAGUAAAGAGCCUUCACAAGGUUUAUGUACUUCUGAGGUACGCCUUUUAAUGACAGACUGCCACAGAAUCCCGCGGUCUACCGAGUCAAAUGCCGCUCUAAAGUCAAGAAAGACCACCAUUGUCGGACGCCGGUAAGUAUGCCCAUGUUCUAGAACCUGACGAAUGGUGAAUGUGGUCGAUGCAGCCACGACCAGGUCUGAAGCCAGCCUGAUUUUCUCAUGUUUGCAGUUCACGAGUCUUAGUUAGGCGUUUGAUAAUUAUCGAGGCUAGUAUUUUAGAUACUAUAUUUGUUAAACUAAUCCCUCUGUGGUUGUCACAGGAUGAGUUUGAC